AUGUCCUCGAUGCUUAUCACGUUGACGACUAGAGUAUACCACGCCUUCGAGGGCCCGACGUCCUCUACCAUUCCUAUCCAUCGACUCGGCAAGACAGCUGACACCACAAUCUUGCAAGACCACUCCGUCUGCCAGAAUUUGUCACCAUUGCCAGAUGGGCUUCCAGACGCCAAAGCAGCCAAAAAAAAAAUCGGCGUCGACGGACGCCUAGCCCUCGUCAUCCUACCCACCUCGGAGCGAGAGUCUUGGACCAUCAACAACCCCAUCAAGAUCGUUCCCGAAGUCAUUAUCAGCCUUGCUGCCCGACCUCGUCCAGGUAGCUCCCCAGAGGCCAUGUGGGUCUCAGCCCAAGCGGCAUCGUCGAUGGCCGCCGCACCCUCUGCUCAAGCCACCAGCUCCUUGUCGACGGCCGCCGCACCCUCUGCUCAAGCUACUACUACCUCGUCAACGGCCGCCGGACCCUCCUGUAAUGCUAGUCUAGCCGAGCCAAAGCUCAACACGGCAGUCGCUGCCAUAGAAGCCAGCGAAGACGACAUCGAUGGCAUGCCCGCCAGCUACGAUAAAUACCCAGCCCCAGGCAUGAUCAGCCGUCUGGACGACGAGACCUCGAAGGCGUUUGAUGCCAUGCUUGGCGAGGCCGCCGAGGCCUUCGAUGCUCUUGAUCUGGACAGCGACCGAGGAGCGACAUCGCAAUGGCGGCGGCCCGACCAUCUUCUGGGACUCAACUCAAGCACAUCCUUCUCGGUGAUCCUCGUCCUUGCCUUCCGCGCGUGGCUGCGCGCGCUGAGCAAUUGUGAGAUUCUCGUCAUAACUGCCUGCGGCAUCGACGUCAUCUGGAAGGACAAAGAGGGAUGGAUCUACGUAAUCUUCUCGUGGAUCGUGUGCUUCUGCCGCCGUGGUCGCCGCGACCGCCUCCCCGGCAUGGCCAUGGAGUUCUCCGCCGACAACUUCCCGCCCAUGUUCCCCUGCUUCGUCUCUCACGUCGACCACUGUCGGCUCUUUGGCAGGAGGUCCAACGGCGACUUCAUCGGGGGCGACGAUGCUGCGGACCACCUCAUGGACGAGAAAGUAUUGAACAUGACGGUCAUGUCAAGAAUGACGAACGCGGUCUUGGAGACACACCCUCCUCGCCACAUCGUUCAGCUCGUCGAAGUCGACCAGAGGGGCAACCGACGCAGCGCUCCACUUGAUGCGCCAGGAAGGCCUCCUGCUCGAGAUCUCAGUGGAAGAGAUCGAGAAGGUCUGCUCCUCAAGGAUGGUUGA